AUGACUAAAUCUGUUAACGUUGCUAUCAUCGGCGCCGGUGUCGUUGGUUCUGCUUUCAUCAACCAAUUGGCCAACUUGAAGGCCCCUGUGGCUUUCAAUGUGGUCUACUUGGCCAGAUCAUCCAAGGAAGCAGUCUUCUCUAAAGACUACCAGUCUGUUGACUUGAAAUCCUACAAGAGCUCUCCAGCACAGCCAGUCUUGCCAUUGGAUGAAUUGACCUCUUUCUUGGUUGGCGCCAAGAAGCCUACUAUCUUGGUGGACAACACCUCUAACACCACAAUUGCUGACUACUACCCAAAGUUCGUCGAGGCUGGUAUUUCCAUCGCUACUCCAAACAAGAAGGCAUUCUCCUCCGAUUUGGCUACUUGGAACGAUAUCUUCAACAAGUCUGCUGCUCCUAACGGUGGCUUGGUCUACCACGAGGCUACUGUCGGUGCUGGUUUGCCAAUUAUUGGCCCAUUGAGAGAUCUCGUCCUCACGGGCGACAAGGUUGAGAAGAUCGAAGGUAUCUUGUCUGGAUCCUUGUCUUACGUUUUCAACACUCUUUCCACUAGCGAGAAGUCCGACAAGAAGUUCUCUGACGUUGUUAAGGUCGCCAAAGACUUGGGCUACCUUGAACCAGAUCCAAGAGACGACUUGAACGGUAUGGACUUUGCUAGAAAGGUCACCAUCUUGGCUCGUAUUGCUGGAUUCGAGGUCGAAUCCCCUUCUUCUUUCGCUGUUGACUCUUUGGUGCCUCAGCCAUUGGAGUCCUUGUCUACUGGUACUGAGUUCUUGGAAAAGUUGCCUGAGUACGACGGUGACUUCCAGAAGCGUAAGGACGAUGCUUUGAGCGAGAACAAGGUCUUGAGAUACGUUGGUCAGGUUGACUUCAAGGCUAACAAGGUUUCUGUCGGUAUUGCCAAGUACGACUUUGACCAUCCAUUCGCUUCUUUGAAGGGCUCUGACAAUGUUGUCUCUAUCAAGACCGAAAGAUACCCUAACCCAUUGAUUAUCCAGGGUGCUGGUGCCGGUGCUGAGGUGACUGCUCACGGUGUUUUGGCUGAUGCUGUUAAGAUUGCUGAGAGAAUUGCUAACUAA